GAGUAUAGAGGGGCCGGCCGGGAGGACAUAUUUACCGGCCAGAUAUUGUAGAGGAUCCCGUGUCGUGGUGACGUCACGUCCCUCUCGCCUCCCAGCAAGUACCACCAUGAGUUCGCUCAAGGUACAGAAGCGCCUUGCUUCUGAGGUGUUAAAAUGCGGAAAGAAAAAAGUUUGGUUGGACCCAAACGAGAUUGGGGAGAUUGGUCAGGCCAAUUCUCGCCAAAACAUCAGGAAAUUGAUUAAAGAUGGUUUGAUUAUUAAGAAGCCCCACAAUGUGCACUCUCGUGCCCGUGUCCGCAAGAAUCAAGAAGCUCGCAGAAAGGGCCGUCAUAUGGGCUUUGGUAAGAGGAAGGGUACUGCCAAUGCCCGUAUGCCCCAAAAGAUUCUCUGGAUUCGACGAAUGCGUGUUCUUCGUCGCAUGCUUAAAAAGUACAGGGACAACAAGAAAAUAGAUAGGCAUCUGUAUCAUGAUUUAUACAUGAAGGUGAAAGGUAAUGUGUUCAAGAACAAGCGUGUUCUAAUGGAAUACAUUCACAAGAGGAAGGCUGACAAUGCCCGUGCCAAGAUGCUCAGUGACCAGGCAGAAGCUCGUAGAUCCAAGGCCAAGGAGGCUCGUAAACGCAGGCAGGACAGAGUUGCUGUAAGGAAGGCAGAAGCUCUGAAGAGCAAGGAUGAUGCAGAGUAAAUUGUACCCCCUAAUAAAAAAAAAAA